AUUUCUCUGCUUGUGGUGGAUGAAAGGUCACAUAAAUCUAAAAAGUGUAGAAAUGAUGAGAUCAUAGCAGAGACAAGUGCUCCCCUUGAAGAGACUAAGCUUCCUGGAAGUCCCAGAGCAGGCCCCGUAUAUCUGUGGCGUGUACAUGUGAAAACUAUAACAAUGCAAUACACAAUGGAUCACGACUUAUUCACAAAAACCGGGAGCAAUUCAACCUUCUCACUUGAGUUAAUAUUGGUUAUGAACAGCAUUGCAGAUAGCGUUUAUAGAGUAAGUGGGUUGAUUGUGUUUAUACGUGCUGUAUGUAUUUGGAAUGACCAUAACCACUUCUCAAUAUCGUCAUUCUCUAAAAAUGUUUGGAGACUUAUGGAAGUUUAUGGCUAUUGGAAAGCUACGUUCUAUUGGGAAAUGGAUCAUACCACUGCAGCUCUUCUUUUAGGGACGCAACUUAAUAAUGUGGAUUAUGCAAGCAAUAACGCUGCACUUUGCAAUCCCAACUGGGGAGUAUUAUAUACAUUUGUAGGAGUAAACCGUAUAUUUCUGUCUGGAUCUUUCCUGGCUCAUGCAAUAGGUCACAUUAUGGGUUUAGGACAUGAUGGUGCGGGCUGCUUUUGUUUCAGAAGGAGCAGUUGUCUCAUGAAUGAAUACCCUACUCUUCACGAUAUGCUUAGCAAUUGUUCCCAUAGUACACUACAUUGGAGGACACUUGGUUGGGACCCUUGCCUGAGUAAUCCGCGUCAUACAUAUAAUUCGUUGAAGUAUCAUGUUCCUCGUUGUGGAAAUAAGAACGUGGAGGAUGGCGAGGCUUGUGACUGUGGUUCUUUUAAGGACUGUUCCGCUGAUGAGUGUUGUGGAACUAAUUGUGAGUUAACUCAGGGCAGCGCUUGUUCUUCAGGAGGUUGCUGUAAAACUUGUAAAAUUGCACCCAGUGGAACGAUAUGCAGAGACAAACUUGGUAUUUGUGAUCUUCCAGAAUACUGUAAUGGAGUCUCAGGGAACUGCCCAGAAAAUGUUUUCAUCAUGGAUGGAACUCCUUGUUCUCCACUAGCAGUUUGCAUGUCAGGAAACUGUAGCGACCGUCACUUGCAGUGUCAAGCUCUUUUUGGAUACCAAGUAAAGGAUGCUUCACCAGCAUGCUAUAGAGAAUUAAAUUCCAGAGGUGAUCGAUUUGGAAACUGUGGUAUUAGAAACCCACGAGGUGGAAGCGUGACUGUCUCAUGUCAAAAGGAAGAUGUUUUAUGUGGACUAAUCCACUGUGAUGGUGUCCGUCGUAUUCCUGGUGGAGGUGAGCACACCACCUUUUAUCACAUAAAGAUACAAGAUGCUAAAGAACAACAGUGUUUUGGGUAUGAUAUACACCAUGGGACAGAACUUCCAGAAAUGGGGCUUGUAAUGAAUGGUGCAACCUGUGGCCCUGGAAAAUACUGUAAAAAUCAAAGAUGUAUUUUUCAUCAAACUUUGAAUUUUAAUUGCAAUGUUUCUAAGUGUAACAACAGAGGGGUGUGUAACAACAAAGGCAACUGUCACUGUAUUCAGGGUUGGCAACCACCAAAUUGUUUGGAAAGAGGAACAGGUGGUAGUGUAAACAGUGGCCCUGUAAUUACCCCUCAGAAAAGAUAUCUACCCAAAAUACAUCUGAGUGUCAACAGGCUAUUAAUUGUUUUAGGUACCCGCAUGCUUCUUAUCAUGGCUUCGAUUAUGUUUGGUGCAAUUGCAAAAGCAGUGUUACGUCCAAGCGGGUUCCAACGACCCCCAGUUAAUGGAUGAUUGCUUUCAUCCUAAACUAAUAUGAGCCGUACAAUGGACAAAAAUCCAUGUCAUUUAUCACAAGAAACUGUCCAUGUCUACUGAAAGUCAUGUUCCCACUCACAAAUCUGAGAAUUUCAUCUUGAAAUAAAAUCCCUGGGGAAUUAGCA